AUGUACAGCUUCUACAGAAACGGGACUGUUUCUCCCUGCCUACAAGGAUUCAGGAAGAAAAUAUAUGAUGCCUAUUUUUUCACAGCGGAACUGAGAAAAACCACCUUGGCCUGCCUUCUUGUCCUUGCUGUUAGCAUGCCACUGUCCAAUGCUUAUUGCUUCGAUCAGACAUUGGAGCCAGGGAUGUCUGACGGUAAGAUCGUAGGCUGCCGUGACUCGAAAGGAGAGCUGCAUGAGUUUGGUUCCGACUGGAGGACUGACGAGUGCCAUGAUUGCUCCUGUUCCAGGAGCGGAAUCAACUGCUGCUCCAGCUUUGCAACACCAUCUGGUUACGAUGAAAAGAAGUGUGUAAGCAUUUUCGACAAGGAGAACUGUACUUAUAAAGUAGUGGAGAAAGAUGAUCACUCAAAAGAAUGCCCAGUCCAUAUAUGGGUGGGCUAA